AUGGGAACAUAUGUUCCUAAAUCUGGUAGGGGAAACACAAGGGCUGCUAGGAAUGGGAAGGGUAAGGGUAGUGAUGUGAUAUCUGAUGUUGAGGAUGAUGAGGACAGUGAAGAUGUUGACUUUGAGGAAACUGGCAGUGAUGGGAGUGAUGAAGACAGUGAGGAUGAAACAGACAUUGGUGACUUCAUUUUUGAAGAGGAGGGGUUGGAGGAUUUGAUGGAUGAAAUCCAUGAGAAGUCAUUUGAGGAUUGUUUAGACGGGAGCUCAAAAAUGGACAAAAAUUACAAGAAUGGGAAAGUGUAUGUUGAGCAGGAAUGGGGUUCAAUUAAGCUUGAGCCUUGGUUGAUAUUUACAGAUAGGGAGGCUUUUCUUGAUGUUCUUAAGGACUAUUGUAUACAGGAGGGAUACACUGCUGUUUGUGCAAUUGAGGGGUGUGAUUGGAGGAUUUAUGCUUCAAAGAUGGUUGAUAAGAUGAGUUGGGCUAUAAAAUCACUGACUGGGGAGCAUAAACAGUGUGGUAGACUAGAGGUGAACCCCAUAGUGACCACCAAAUGGUUAGUGAAGAAGUUGUUGCCAGAGAUUGAAGCAAACCUAGAUGUUCCUGUAGAAACAUUGCAGAAUGUGACUCAAAAAAUGUUUAGGCUACAAGUUAACAAGAGGCUAUUCUACAAGGUUAAGGCAGUGGCUAAGGAGAUUAUCCAUGGGAGUUUUAGUGAGGCAUAUGCCCUUCUACCUAGGUUUAAGGCUUGCUUCUUCUCAUUUGGUGCACAAGUAAGGGGGUUCCUGAAGGGGUGUAGGCCCAUUAUUGGAAUUGAUGAAGCUCACCUUAGUGGGUAUUUCAAGGGGAUUCUGCUGUCAUCCUUGGGGAUUGAUGGCAACAAUGAGAUAUUCUUGCUUGCUUAUGGGGUUGUUGACACUGAAAGCCAAGAGAGCUGGACCUAUUUCAUGAGGAACCUCAGGGCACUGUUUCAGAGAGAAGGCUGCAACAAGGAUGACUGGACAUUCAUCAGUGACAGAAUGAGGGGGGUGGAUUUAGCUAUACAUGAGAACUUCCCUAAGGCCACUAGAAGGUGUUGCAGUCACCACUUGUACAUGAACUGCAAGAAUGGUGGUUGGAGUGGAGAAUUGUUCCACAAACUAUUCUGGAUAGCUGCUAAUGCUUACAACCCCUAUGUGUACAACAAGGCCAUGGAGAAGAUCACUGACUUUGAUCCCAGGGCUACACAGUACUUGGAUACAUGUACUGAGCAGUGGUCCAGACAUCAGUUUGAGCCAGAAGUGUGUUGUGAUCAUAACACAACAAACUUUAUGGAAUCAUUCAAUGCUGUCACCAAGCCCUACAGGGAUUUACCAGUGUUGAGACUGUUUGAAGCUAUUAGGGAGUGGUCUAUGCAGAGAAUUGGGGUCAGAUUUGACAAAGCAGCAGACAUGGAGCCUCAAGACUUAACUGAGCAUGCCAAAGUUGAACUGGAGUUGAGAACAGCUGAAUCCAGGUUUUGCUACUCUACUCCAUGUGGUGGUGAGGAGUAUGAGGUGAGGGAAGGCCAUGUGAAAUUCCUAGUCAAGAUUGACAGUAGAACCUGUGGGUGUGGAGUUUGGCAGGUGUCUGGUAUUCCCUGCAAACAUGGUUUGAGGGUCAUUUACAACCAGAGACUAGACCCUCUGGACUUUGUGUCCCAUUUCUUCAAGGGUGCUGCUUAUAAGCUGGCAUAUGCAGAACAUAUGCACCCUAUGCCUGACCCUACUCAGUGGCCUGAGUUCAACCUUCCCACCAUUAACCCUCCUGGAAUUAAGAGGACUGCUGGAAGACCCCCUAAACAAAGAAAGAGGGGUGCUAUGGAAGCUAAGAAGAGGAAGAGGCACACUUCAGUAAAGUGUAGCAAAUGCAAGGAGAUGGGCCACAAUGCAAGGACUUGCAAGUCUGGCACUGGCAGUUCCAAGGCACCACCAAAACAGAGGGUUACAACAAGGAAGAGGAAAACUGGUGAUGAUGGAGCAAGCACAUCCAAGGCAGCACCAAAAGGGAAGAAAUCAAAGCAAGCAUGA